GUGCAUAUAUAUGUUGACGUUCUCUGGCGCAUCGGCAAAGAAUGCUUUGUUGCCAAGGCAACACAAUGAGCGGAAGGCUCGCGAGGAGAGGCGGCGACCUGAAAACUCGGAGUUUGACCGGUGAUGGCAGUAGCCCGUGAGGAUCCAAGAGGAAGCCUAGUUUUUGGAGCCCCUGGCAGGAAUCUAGAAGAGGAGGAGGAAGAUGACCAAGCAGCAGUUUUAUUGAGUGUGUUAGUACAGCAGGGACAGCUGGGCCUCUGUUUCUACAACAGUGAAAACUCCUCUUUACACUAUAUGGUAGAUAGUCCUGAUAACAAAGAGCUUCACCUGUUGUCCAGAGUCAUCCAGGAGGUCAGGCCCCAUCUCAUCCUAACCAGUGCAAAGCAGGAGCGCUGCUUGACCCAAUAUCUGCAGCAACUCGGUUCCGACCCACACUACAGACCUGAGGUGGUUACUUAUCCAUACGUUGACUUUGGUCUGGAGGUUGGGAAGCAGAGGCUUCUUUCCGCCCACCUGCCUUUCCUUCCGCCACACAUUUCAGAGAGGGACAAAAUGUCCUAUCUCUCCUCCUGCAUCACCUUUGACUCACCCUUGAUGCUCAGGGCAGUAGGAGCUCUGCUGAAAUGUCUGGACAGGAGGAGAGUGGGAGUAGAACUGGAAGACAGCUCGGUUGGAGUCCCAAUCCUGCAGUUUAAUGCCUACACGCUUAAAGGAGUGGUUUACAUCGACAGAGACACUUACAGUGUACUUCAGAUCUUCAAAUCAGAUCUGCAUCCGUCGGUGUACAAGCUGCAAUCAGGUGAAAAGGAAGGACUGAGUCUCUAUGGAAUAUUGAACCGGUGUAGGAGCAAGUUUGGAUCCAAAAUGCUACGCCAGUGGUUUCUGCGACCUACCCAAGACCUCGCAGUGCUACGCAGAAGACAGGAAGUGAUUCGUUUCUUCACUUCACCCCGAAACUCUGAUGUCCUGAACACGCUGCAGGCCUCUUUAAGGAACAUCAGAAACAUACCAGGUCUCCUCCGCCGCAUGACUCUCUCCAGCACCAAAGUUACCGACUGGCAGAGGCUCUACAAGACUGUAUACAGCGCCGUGUGUAUCAGGGACUCUGUGCGGCACCUCCCUCAGUCCAUUCAGCUGUUUCGGGAGAUCGGCGAGGAACUCUCUGACAAUCUCCAAAACAUCGCCGCGCUCAUAAACCGAGUUGUGGACUUCGAUGCCAGCUUAGAAGAGAACCGCUUUACGGUCAAACCGAACGUCGACCCCGCCAUCGAUGAGAAGAAAAGGAGGAUGAUGGGGCUGCCUGACUUCCUGACAGACGUUGCCAGAAGAGAGCUUGAACGCCUGGACUCUGGAAUCCCCUCCUGCUGCGUCAUCUACAUCCCCCUGAUUGGAUUUCUGCUCACUGUGCCUCGGCUGCCCAGCAUGGUGGAAAAAGAGGAUUUCGAAAUGGAGGGCCUUGAGUUUAUGUUCCUCUCUGAGGACCGGCUGCACUACCGCAAUCAAACGACCAGAGAGCUGGACAACCUCCUCGGAGACUUGCACAGCGACAUAAGAGACAUGGAGACUGCAGUGAUGACACAGUUGCAAAACGCGGUCCUGGAGUGGAGCCAGUCUCUGUAUCAGGUUCUGGAUCUUAUGGCUGAGCUGGACUGUCUGAUGGCGAUGAGCAGCGCCUCGCUGGAGUAUAGCUACACCUCACCCAAGCUUGCCAGACAUAGGAAGAUAGCAAUAACCCAGGGCAGACACCCACUACUGGAGCUAUGUUCUCCUGUGUUUGUGGCCAACUCCUUCCACAGCUCCGAAUCAGAGGGCAGGAUCAAGAUCGUCACAGGCCCAAACUCAUCUGGCAAGAGCAUCUUCCUCAAGCAGGUGGGUCUGAUUGUGUUCAUGGCUCUGAUCGGCUCCGAUGUGCCGGCCAAGGAGGCGGAGGUGGGUCUGGUGGACGGGAUCUUCACGCGCAUGCAGAGCCGAGAGUCCGUGUCUGUGGGCCUCAGCACCUUCAUAAUAGAUCUGAACCAGAUGGCCCUGGCUCUCAACAGCAGCACCGGUAACUCGUUAGUCCUCAUCGACGAGUUUGGAAAGGGCACCAACACAGUCGACGGGCUGUCCUUACUCGCUGCGUCGGUCUCUUUUUGGCUGAAAAAGUCUCUGGAGGAUGUUCCUCACAUCCUGUUGGCGACAAACUUCCACAGUCUGAUGCAGCUGGGCCUGCUACCAACCUCUGGCAUGCUGUCCUUUCUGACUUUAGAAACAGCCGUGGACAGAGAUGAGUUGGUGUUUUUGUACCAGCUGAAGGAAGGGAUCUGCCAGUCCAGUUACGCUGCCAACAUUGCAGCAAUGGCAGGCCUGCCAGCCUGCCUGGUACACCGAGCUGUGGAGGUGUCUGAACAGUACCGGACAGGAGAACCCGUCAAACGCGUUGACAGAGCGUCAUCAGACGAGCAGGCCAGGAGAUGCCAAUCCGUGGUGGAGAAGUUCUUGAGUCUUGACCUGGAGGACAAAGACGUGGAUCUGCAUGGCUUCAUGAAAGAUGAGGUGCUGCCCUCUGCUGGAGACCCAGUGAACCGCAGCUAAGCGCUUGAAGCGCCGCAAACGCGUUUCUACAUUUCUCCGCUCUGUGUUCAUUUACAGAAGAUUAGGGUUUUGAUUUGGGGGGGAACAAGCAGCUGCCUCCACAGAAGAUAGAUGUUUACAGAGUUUUAUCUCAAUAACAACAACAUUAACUUAUAUAUUUUACAAAAUUGUUUAUGCAAAAAGACAUUUAAGAGGUUAUCUAAGUAUAGUGUGCGUAUGUCCUCCUUUUAAUGUUAAAUAAAGCACUGUGUUUGUUUUGUGAAUGAAUUCAAAUUAAAUUUAAAUUGUGUUACAAA